GCGGCGGGGGCGGGCGCGGCGGGGGCGGCGGGGGGCGGCGGCGGCGGCGCGCUGGAAGCGGCCAUGGCCAAGCAGUACGACUCGGUGGAGUGCCCCUUUUGUGACGAGGUGACCAAGUACGAGAAGCUGGCGAAGAUCGGCCAGGGCACCUUCGGGGAGGUGUUUAAGGCCAAGCAUCGCAAGACCGGCCAGAAGGUGGCUCUCAAGAAAGUGCUGAUGGAGAACGAGAAAGAGGGGUUCCCCAUUACAGCUUUGAGGGAAAUCAAGAUCCUUCAGCUCCUAAAGCACGAGAACGUCGUCAACUUGAUUGAGAUCUGUCGGACCAAAGCUUCCCCUUAUAACCGCUGCAAGGGGAGCAUCUACCUGGUGUUCGAUUUCUGCGAGCAUGACCUGGCGGGCCUGCUGAGCAACGUGUUGGUCAAGUUCACGCUGGCCGAGAUCAAGCGGGUCAUGCAGAUGCUGCUCAACGGCCUCUACUACAUCCACCGCAACAAGAUCCUGCACAGGGACAUGAAGGCCGCCAAUGUGCUCAUCACCCGAGACGGGGUCUUGAAGCUGGCCGACUUCGGGCUGGCCCGGGCCUUCAGCCUGGCUAAGAACAGUCAGCCCAACCGCUACACCAACCGCGUGGUGACGCUCUGGUACCGGCCCCCGGAGCUGUUGCUCGGGGAGCGGGACUACGGCCCCCCCAUUGACCUGUGGGGUGCCGGGUGCAUCAUGGCGGAGAUGUGGACCCGCAGCCCUAUCAUGCAGGGCAACACGGAGCAGCACCAGCUCGCCCUCAUCAGCCAGCUCUGUGGCUCCAUCACCCCGGAGGUCUGGCCAAAUGUGGACAAGUACGAGCUGUUUGAGAAGCUGGAGCUGGUCAAGGGCCAGAAGCGGAAGGUGAAGGACAGGCUGAAGGCCUACGUGCGCGACCCCUACGCGCUGGACCUCAUCGACAAGCUGCUGGUGCUGGACCCGGCACAGCGCAUCGACAGCGACGACGCCCUGAACCAUGACUUCUUCUGGUCCGACCCGAUGCCCUCGGACCUCAAGGGCAUGCUGUCCACCCACCUGACGUCCAUGUUCGAGUACCUGGCGCCGCCACGCCGGAAGGGCAGUCAGAUCACGCAGCAGGCCACCAACCAGAGCCGCAACCCCGCCACCACCAACCAGACGGAGUUCGAGCGUGUCUUCUGAGCAUUGCGGCUCGCCGCCGGGACUGCCUGCCUGCCGGGGGCCACGGGGGGUCUGCGUUCCCCCCUCUCCACACACAUUAUUUAAUCCCCACCCAGGGCUCUGGCAGCCCGGCCCAGCAGGCUGGAGGGCCUCGAAGAAGUCUCGGAGGGGUGCCAGGCCCACCUCGCUUUGUUGUUGGGUUUUGGUGGGGGUGCCGUCCGGGGGAAUCCCGCGGCUGGCGGGGGGGUGGGCAGAGAGCCUCCCCGAGUCCCCAGUGACUUGCUAAGUGUUCUUAGCAUUGUGGCAAGAGGGAAGGGGUCCUUCUCAUUUGAGAGGCGGAAGUGGGGCGCCGGCCUGGGAAGGGCCUGCCCUUGGUCUGACCUCCCCACAGGUACUGGGGCUGGUCAGUGCUUGGUUUCUUCGAUAGGCUAUUACCGUGGGUUUUGCGUUGGAUUGUUUGGAGACCUCCCUGAAUGCAGUUAGGUCCGUUGCGAUUAAAGUUGUCUUUUUCAGUA